AUGGCGGCGCCACGAUCUGCAAUGGACGACGCAACCUCGCCUGCCUGCAGACGGAACCACCUUGCUGAGCAUCACCCCUACCGAACAAGCCGGCACACGAUCCUGCCUUCCGACUACAUGGCGAACGGGCUGGGGCUGGAGAUGGAGGGCAGAGUCGAC